UGAAAGAAAUAAUCCCUUUCUUCAGAAUUAACAUGCAUAGAGUUCCAUCAUCAUUCCUUAUUAUCCAAUAUCCAUCACCCACUAUUAUAUCCUCUACUCAAUGUAAUAUACACACAACUAGGUUAUCCUUUUCAUAAAUUUUAUUAUAACAAACCAUACAGAAAUAUGUACAAGAACCAGCAUGAGUAAUAUUGUGUUUUGCAGCUUGGAAUGGUGGCGAGGAAACUAUUGAAUAUAAGAGACAAGGGUAAAUCGAACUACAGCGCUGAUGCGGAUGAUUUUAAUUAUGCCGAAUUCGAUACGGAGGAAGUUUUUGAAUUUGCAGGACAAUCCAAAUUUCAGGAUAGUCAAGACGAAGAGGUCGUGGUUGAUCCUAAGGCUAAUCUUGAGGCACUUCCGAGAUUAAGAAGACGAAACUCGGAGACAUUCAGGACAGAGUAUAUAACUGCAAGAGAAGUCAGAAUAUUUGCUGGGACGUGGAAUGUAGCAUGUCAACUUCCAACAGAUGAUCUAAAUAUUGAAGAAUGGCUAGAUAUCAAUGAAGCUGCUGAUAUCUAUGUUAUUGGACUUCAGGAGAUUAUUUCAUUAAAUGCCGGCAAUAUCUUUGGUGUGGAAGAUAUUCGACCUAUUCCCAAAUGGGAACGCCUCAUUCGCGAAACCUUAAACAAAAUUCAACCUGUCAAAAUGAAAGGAAAAUGCUAUAGUGAUCCUCCUUCUCCGUCAAAAUUUGAGCAAUCUGAAGAUUUUUCGCCUACAGGGGAUGAGGCAUCGGUUGAAAGCGAUGGUGAUGAGCAGGAGGAGAUAUUUAUGUCUAAGAAGGAGUCUGAUUUUAAAAAUAAUUAUCAAGUGAUCCGGAGAGAUGAGUUGCUUCCAACUGCAGGUGCUAAUUUAAGUAUUCUACUUGAUGAACAAUUAUCAACCCACUUUUAUGCUCCAAAAACAUCAAAAGCAUUUGGUGACCGAGUAAAGAAAAGAGUGAGUAAGAAAGAAAUAGUGGGUUUAAGCUGGGCUGAGCCACCGUUGGAUCUUCUGGCUCAUUGUAAUAUAGAUAGGACCACUUCUCUUACUAAUUCCAAGUCUUUUAAAGCUUUCAAUUCAAUUAAUUUCUUAAAAUCAUCUAUGAAUGAUGACACUAGUCCCAAAGGGCAGCCGCCUGAUACCGCAGCUUCUACCUCAAAAGUUGACCUCGAACCACUUGUGAAUUGGAAGAGGAGAUCCCACUAUGUAAGGAUAGUGAGUAAGCAAAUGGUGGGUGUUUUCAUCACUAUAUGGGUUCGACGAAGUUUGAGAAGGCAUAUCCAAAAUGUGAAUGUGUCUACUGUUGGUGUUGGUGCUAUGGGUUACAUGGGAAAUAAGGGAUCGAUAUCAGUCAGCAUGUCUAUAUACCAAACUCUCUUCUGUUUCAUUUGCACUCACCUCUCAGCAGGUGAAAAAAAAGUUGAUGCAAUUAGAAGAAACGCUGAUGUGCGUGCAAUACAUUCCAGAACCCAUUUCAAUUCAUUUACAACCAUUCCACUUCCUAAGAGCAUCUAUGAUCAUGAGAGAAUAAUAUGGCUAGGUGAUCUUAAUUAUCGCAUAAAUUUGCCUUACAAUGAAACACGAAAGCUUAUCUCUACAAGUGACUGGACUAAACUAAUCGAACAUGACCAGCUAGUUCAAGAAUUUAAAAAAGGCGGGACAUUUGAUGGAUGGUCUGAAGGCACUUUAAACUUCCCCCCAACUUAUAAGUAUGAAUUGAAUUCUGACAAGUAUCGCGGAGAAGAUUCAAAAGAGGGUAGACGAACUCCCGCAUGGUGUGACCGUGUUAUAUCAUUUGGAAAGGGAAUCAAGCUUAUAAGCUAUGGGAGGACUGAGCUUCGACUCUCUGAUCACCAACCUGUGGCUGCAUCUUAUAUGGUAGAGGUUGAGGUUUUUUGCCCAAAGAGAUUACAAAAAGCACUUAAAUAUACUGGCGCUGAAAUCGAAUAUGAACUCAAUCUUUUAGAUUAUGAACUAGGAAAGAUAUAGGAUGUGACCCAUACUAAAAAUAAGAACCAUAUGCUUCACAUUAUGUUUCAACCAUGUUAAACUCUAUUGCACGAUUUUAGCAGCGUUGUUUGAUUC